AUGAUUUCAAAAGUUUCAGGAUAUUAAGGAUUUUCUUCAUAUGGUGAUAAACCAUAUCCCUCUCUAAAGCCAGGAAGAUAAGUUCUCUCUCCUAACGAUGUUUGGGAAUAAACACAAAGAACUCGUGAUGACGCUUCUAUGUACGAAAAUCAUCAACAUUACAAAACAGUAUAUAAAGUAGAUGUAUCAAAUGCAGUAUAGCCUAAAGAUUAUUAAAACCAUACACAUGUUAAGAAGGGACUUUAGACUUAAUAUCAACUUUAAGCUACUGGAAAGAGUGUUCUUUCAUAUGGCAGUGAUAGAAAGGAUUAAACCUUUGAUCCUAAUAAUGAAACUUCUAAAUUGAAAACAGGUGUAGAGCAUUGGAAAUCAAAUUAUAAUGCUAAUAUUAAAGAUCCUUACUCCUAUAGUAAAGCUUCAAGACCAGAAUGGUCCUAUCAUCUUAAGCCCCACUAAGUUGAUAGUAAAAUAGGGCCUACUGAAUAUAAAACUACCUUUGGAGAAUUUGGCACAAAGCCAACUGAUAAAUUGAAUGAAUAUGGCAAUGAAAUAAUUAAUAAACACGAAGAUCCUUUAAAAAUGGGUACUACUAAAUCUACUUUCCAUAUUCCUAACUAUACUGGUUUUAUUCCUGCAGCAAGAACUGUUGGUAAAUCACUUGAACAUGCUGCAGCUUUAAAUUCAAGAAUUGAUAAAUCUAGAGCAACCAUAGUGGAUAAUUAUCAUACUAAAAUUCCUGGAUAUGCUGGUCAUCAACCUAAGGCUCCAGUUAAUCAAAGAGGUUUUCUCAGAGAACAUUGCUUUUCAACAGUUUCAUCUCUUAAACUUUGA